AUGGCUGACAAGGUAGUCGAUAACUAUGUCCAGCCGGCUAUUCCUCGCUUCGAUGGUCAUUAUGAUCACUGGAGCAUGUUGAUGGAGAAUUUUCUAAGAUCCAAAGAAUAUUGGACUCUCGUGGCCAUUGAUCGUACAAUUCUGGAGACCAUUCUCCAGAAAGAAACUUCCAAGCAGAUAUGGGACUCACUGAAGAAGAAAUAUGAAGGCACAUCGAAGGUCAAGCGCUCCCAACUCCAAACACUUCGCCGAGAAUUCGAGACCCUUCAAAUGAAAUCUAGUGAGAGUGUUUCAGAUUAUUUUUCAAGAACAAUGGCGAUUGCAAAUAAGAUGCAGAUCCAUGGUGACCCGAUGCAAGAUGUUACCAUCGUGGAAAAGAUUCUUCGCUCCUUGACUAUGAAAUUUGAUUACAUAGUCUGUUCCAUUGAGGAGUCCAAGGACAUUGAUGAACUAUCGGUUGAUGAGUUGCAGAGUUCGUUGCAGGUCCAUGAGCAAAAACUCCACCAAAGGAUCACUGAGGAGCAAGCCUUGAAGGUCUCAACAAAUGGUGAAUCUUCAGCAGCAAGAGGUCGAGGCCGAGGCCGAGGUCAAAGACGAGGAAAAGGCAGAAUAGAUGAUCAAGCUUUUGAAUUCAAAGGAAGAGGCCACAGACGCAGCGCUGAUUAUGCUAAAGCCCAAGAAUCAAAGUUCUUCGACAAAUCAAAUGUUGAGUGCUUCAGAUGCCACAGGUAUGGUCAUUUUCGUUCUGAAUGCCAUACAAAAUUACCUAACGAGAAAUGA